AGCCAUUACAUCACUAAGAAAAUUUUUUUAGCGGUAGUCUGAAAAACUUUAAUAAAGAAUUCUUAUCAAAAAUACUGAUUCACUUAUUUAUCUUUAUGUAUUCUUUUAUAUCUAUUAAUAUUGAUAUGAACAUAAUAUUGGUAUAAUAUCAUAGUAUCAUAGUAUAAUAUAUAUUUGUUAAAUCAAAUCUAAGAAUUUUUCCAAUAAUCUCAUCUCAUCUCAUCUUAUCUCAUAAUGUCAUCUAUCGAUUUAAAUAAUAUUCCUUCUAUUGAUUUAGAAACUUUUCAACAUGAAUCAAUAUUUAAACAAAAUAAUAAAUACUGGUUUUUUGAAAAAUCAGAUGAUUCAUUUCCUGGUCAAGCCUUUGGAUUACAAAUAGUUCAAAUCCUUUAUCAUACAAAAUCUCCUUUUCAAGAUAUUUUAAUAUUUGAAUCAUUAAAUUUUGGAAAUGUUCUUGUUCUUAAUGGUAUAAUUCAAUGUACUGAAAAGGAUGAAUUUGCAUAUCAAGAAUUAAUUACUCAUUUACCUAUUAUGUCUCAUCCAAAUCCUAAAAAAGUAUUAGUUAUUGGUGGAGGUGAUUGUGGAGUUAUAAGAGAAUUAAUUAAACAUGUUGAAAUUGGUACAGUAGAAUCUAUAACAAUGGUAGAAAUUGAUGAUAUGGUAAUUAAAUUAUCAACAAAAUUUUUACCUGAAAUGGCAAAAUUUCAUAAUCAUCCAAAGGUAAAUCUUAUAAUUGAUGAUGGAUUUAAAUUUCUUAAAACUACGACUGAAAAAUUCGAUAUUAUAAUAACUGAUUCAUCUGAUCCUGAAGGUCCAGCUGAAGAAUUCUUUCAAAUAAGUUAUUUUAAAUUAUUGUUUAAUGCUUUACAUUCUCAAGGAAUUGUUAUAAUGCAAAGUAGUGAAAAUAUUUGGUUAAAUUUAUCAUAUUUAAAGAAUUUAUUAAAGAAAGCCAAAACAAUCUUUAAAAAUGUUAAAUAUAGUCAAUGUUAUAUGCCAAGUUAUACUAGUGGAUCUCUUGGUUUAGUGAUUGCUACUAAUGAUGAAUCUAAACAAUUAAUGUCUCCCUUAAGAAAAUUUAAACCAAGUUUAGAAGCAGAAUUAUUCAAAUAUUAUAAUAGUAAAGUUCAUGAAUCUUCAUUUGUAUUACCAAUGUGGGCUCAAAAUGAAUUGAAAAAUUAGAAAAAUUAAUUAAAAAAAAAUUAAACUAUCAGUCAAAUUAAUGUUAUUAAUAUUUUUUGGACUGAUUUUUUAAGGUUAUGUAAUGUUAUGUCUUUUAGGUUAGGGGUUGUUCUUUAAUGCAAAUAAUAUAUUAACUAUCAGUUAUACUUAAGAGUCUUACGA